GGUAACAACUCUGAUGAAACAACUUUCGUAACGUGUUUCUCUGCCGAAAGUUGAUUGGUAUUUUGUGGGCUUGAAGGAUUUGCACUUUGCAUUCCUGAUAAUAUUGAGACUCGUCGUGUACGUUUUUUAGAAACAUUUGCAGUUUCUAUCACAAUUGGUUUCAUAAUUACUUUGUUCCCUGAUGUUGCUUUGCGAGAUAGACCCGAGGUAUCAAUAUCAGUAAGUGCACCGUAUACAAGCCAUGUAGGCCGCUCCAUUUUGUAAGCAAGCUCGAGUUGGACAUAAGUCGUGUUGAAAACUGUGAUUGGGAAAAUUAGUCACAAUAAAUAUUUGUGUGCAAGUGUUUUAUGGUUCAUACGUUGAAACUAGAUAUUGAAUUUUGGGACCAUCAUAGGGAAAAGCCGAGAAAGAUGACUUCAGCCGAUUGGAAUAAGCCGUCCCUUGAAAUUCUGCUCAAUGUCUACAGAGAUCAUCCGAUCUUGUACGAUAUGCGUCACCCUAAAUACUAUGCCAAAGCGGAGCGCCAAAAAGCUUUGAAUACGAUUAUUGAAAUGUUGGAGGACCACAGACCUGCCACAACGACGGGUGACAUCCUGAAGAAGAUUCAAACCAUGCGAACACAGUUUGGGCAGGAGUUUUCAAAGGUCCGGAAAGCGCACUCCAAGGGUAGCAAAUAUGUGCCCUCGGUAUGGUGGUAUGACUAUUUGUCAUUCCUGCAAAAGCACAUAAAACCAAGGAAUGUCCGGGAAAUAACUGAUCAUGGCCAGGAGACAGAAGACGAAUAUAUGUCUUCGAACCAGACUGAGGAGUAUGAAUCUUAUGCUACGGAGGAACAGUAUGAUGUCGACAAUGAAAGCGAAAUAGUGUACGAAAUCCAGAGUUCACCAUCGAACGGAUUGAAAUCAGAGCACGGAACUGAAACCAAAUUCAUACGCCGACGAGACUAUCCCACCACUCCAGUCAGCGGAAACGAGGAAAUCAUCUACGAAAUCACCAACAGCAAUACCAUUGUUCCUAAGCGUAAACUUGAGGUGAUACGAAGUACACCCACCUCAGAACCAGAACCAAAGCAACAACGCAUCGAAACUGUUAGCACAUCGUCCCCAAAUGUGGUAGCAAGUGGCACCACCGUCGUUCAGGAGAUCACCGUGGAACCGGACCGGGCUAAGAGUUUCGGGCAGUUUGUGGCCUCACAGAUCGCCGCAGUCAAGGAUGAUAUGUUGUUCUACUCGACGCAGAUGGACGUGUUGAAUGUCAUCAAUAAGGCACAAAUGAAACAGCUACAGAUGGAUAAGGACGCGGCAAACAAAACCUAGACUAAUGUUACGUGUUGACAGUGAUUGUAUUUUUAAUUUUACCAUAAAAUGUGGUAAUUAGUUUUAUCUAAAGUUGGAAGUAACAAUAAAUGUUAAGGUAGAUAUCCAAA